AUGAGGAAGAAGAAGAACCCGUUAACCCUUCAGAAACUUGCAAAAGUACGCAACCACACGACGAGUAGGCAAUACGUCACGAUCGUCAAUCUCACGCCACAUGGUUUUAAACUUACAUAUACACACUCUUGUCAGAUGGAUGAGUACAACUUGGGCGACUUCCCUUCUGGCAGGGCACGACAGAAUUUUGCGCAUUACAUCGAGAGUGGCAAUGCGAACCCUAUUGACGACAAUGGAGAGGCCUGCUACGACAUCGGGAAUACUGGCAAGAAGUUUGUUGUUCGUGUCAUGACUCACAUCCCGGAUACCUGCCCGAAGCGCGAGUACAAGGCUCCAGAGCAAGAGGUCCCCGUCACCCUUGUUAUCACGGGUAACGAUUCUUUUGGCUUCAUCACCUCGCUGUCCUACGGCCCCGGCGACUAUAUGAACUCGACCAAGGAUGAUAUCAAUCACCGCAAGCUGCUUGAUGCGAUCAUGCCAGGCACACAUGAUUCUGAUAUGAGCAAUACCACAGAAGCUAUCCUGAUGAGCGCCACUGAGUCCAACACACAGACUCAGGGGCUCAGUGUCUACGCCCAGCUCCGGUUGCGUGUUUCCACUGUGCACGAGGUUACCACCAGCAGCUACGAGUAUUGGACCACACACCUGAGCGACGAGAUGGCUGAAGUGACCAUUGGCAGGUCCGGCGAAAAGUUUGACGAUGUCGUUAGUAAGAUCAACAAAGUCACCAGCGAGAAUCCUGGUGAAGUAAUCGCCAUUCAAUUUCGCGGUGUGCGCAACGUGCCAAGCAAGGGGCCCGUUUACUGGGACGAGACCAUCAAGAACAAGCCCUUUGACAAACUGAUCGAGAUCAAGAGCCGCUGCAGAAAGCUCGACAGACCGGUUCAAGACUAUACAACGGAAAAGCUGAUGAGCAGUAAAAACGGCAAGGGCUGCGGAGACACGAAGGACGUGGCCAACUUUGCCAUAGACUUUCGGCAGAAGAAGAAGAACUUCCACAUCGGUCAGUGGUUCAGCACGCCGAGCCCACUCACUUCGACGUACCCCUACAGCAUUCAGUCCAUCGCUGUUCUGCCCACAAAUCCGGCUCUGUACUGGAAAGGCGUCAACAGUAUCAACUCCGCUGUCCUCUCGAACGUUUUGCUAGCAGACUACAUUGGGAUCCUGUACACCUUGGCUAUUGGUCUCAACCUGUACACCAUCAGCGAGAACUGCGACAUCAACAAGAGGCGAUCGCCGCUGCUGACGAGCCCCAAGAAUCAGAGGCGGCCUCCCAAACCGCUCGUUUCCCAGUUCAACGGCAUCAUCUUCGCUAAUGGAACGACCAUUGAACACCCUCCGCCUGGCUUCCAUCCCGAACGCGUGGAGAUCCUGAGAAAUGGUACGGCGUUUAGCAAUGGUGCUGUCUUGAAGGAGGAUGUGCCAAACCCGGACCUCAACUCUACAUUACUUUCAAUCCUUCGCAAUUUGGGUAUGUAUUCAUGUCAUGCGCUGAUUCAUUCCGGAUGAUCUAGCUUGGAUGUAUAUUGUGCAGCUCGGCUGAGUUGUUUCUUACCAAUACUGCAAAUAAUAACACCAUCGUGCCUUGCCUCGGGCUGCACAUCGUGAAUAACAUGGCGGUUUUGUCGCAUUCGUUGUGAGAAAUGCACAACACAAGAAUUGAUAAGCCUCUUGGUACUAAUGCCGAAAGCUGGCCGAUGAUCGUAGUUCUACUUGUAUUCAUGCAAGCCAUGUACGUACAACUGUUAGCUGGCGUAAAGGGGGAAAAAGAGAAUAUUUGGAUUCUUUCUUCCCCCUGAGCCGUGUAGGGUUGCGCAAAAGAUUGGUUUUACGAGUGGGGAUAAUCUUGUCACGAUCCUAGUGUUAGUCCAUGACGCGGAA